CGGCUUGAUUACACUGUCGUCAUUUCCUCAACCUUGAACCUUUCACCUUUCGUCGCCGGUCCACCCGAACAGAGAGAUACCUCUCUUUGACAGCCGAGGCUAUUACUCGUCUCGUCGUUCUCCCCUUUGGAGACGAGAACCACUUCCGUGAGGAGAACAAAGAGAACACAUCCGGCCGAGACCACCUUAUGUCGACAUAAUAAUACCCUUCUAGCGUUGUGGGAAUAUACUUACCAAGCCGUCUUCCAGGUAGAAGAAUAGUCUAAACGUCCACAACAGAAUACUACUAUCCGCACGACUCGGCGACGACAAAACGUCUGACCAAAGCAUUCGUAAGUCCUACCUACCUUAUCAGCGGUCGAACCAAACGAAAAAGACAACAUAGCAUGGAGUACCACUUCCCCAAACCACCACGCAGCCUAUCCGGCAAAGUGGCCAUCAUCACGGGCGCCGGCGCCGCGGGCGAUGGGAUCGGCAACGGCCGGGCGUCGGCCAUCCUCAUGGCCGACGAAGGAUGCAGCGUGGUCUGCGUGGACCGGGACGUAUCGCUGGCCCAGCGCACGGUGGAAAUGAUCGAGGCCGAAGGCAAGGGCCGCGCGAUCGCGGUCCAAGCCGACGUCAGCGUCGAGUCCGACUGUGCGCGCAUCGUGCAGACCGCCGCGCUCGGCACAUACGGCCGGCUGGACAUCCUGCUCAACUGCGUGGGCAUCGGCGGCGCGCCCGGCACGGCGGUCGAGGUCGACAUGUCGGCGUGGUCCAAGAGCAUGGCAGUCAACGUCGACAGCAUGGUCAUGAUGGCCAAGUACGCCGUGCCCGCGAUGCUGAAGAAUGAGCUCGAAUGGGGAUAUCGCGGGAGUAUCAUCAAUAUGGCCAGCGUGGCCGGGUUGAAGGGAGGAACGCCGCACUUGUUCUACCCGACGAGUAAAGGCGCCGUGGUCAAUAUGACGAGGGCCAUGGCCGUUCACCACGCUCCGCAGGGGAUCAGGGUGAACUGUGUGUGUCCUGGAAUGGUGUACACUCCCAUGAUGUACCAGCACGGAAUGCCUGAGGAGGCGCGUGAGGCGAGGAAGAAUAGGAGUCUGCUGAAGACGGAGGGGAAUGGGUGGGAUGUAGGCUGUGCGGUGAGAUUCCUGGCCGGGCCGGAGUCGAGGUGGAUGACCGGGGUGAUAUUGCCGGUCGAUGCUGGUGCUACGGCGGCGGUGGGAACGGAUAUUCCUAGGUCGGCCAGCGUGAAUGGUUGAGAGGAUUGAAUGGGCCGAUACAGAGGCAGAUGGGCAAGCAUCGAGCAAGAAGAGAACAGAAGAAGCGGUCGUAUCAUCAGCAUAUAUUCCAUCCAUCCAUGCAGCCUCCGCAACAUGGACAAGCGCCGACGCUAUGCGAUCGCAAGUUCAACCAGCAAUCCCUUUUGAAACAUGAUGCCGUCCCAUGCAAUAAGAC